UUAUCGUAUCGCCUUUCAAAUGUUCCGAGCUCCAGCUCCCCUCUGUGUGACCUCAAGUCAACAAGACGCCGCCCGCGAAACGCGACGUGCUCCACUUGCUCCGCCUGUUGAGUAGCUGUUCCACCAAGAAGAUGCCCGUCCAAGCCAAGAUCGGUCCCAGCAUUCUCAAUGCGGAUCUCUCCAACCUAGCGGCGGAAUCGCAGAAGCUACUGGACAAUGGAGCGGACUACCUGCAUCUGGACGUGAUGGACGGCACUUUCGUGCCGAAUCUCACCUUUGGUCACCCCAUGGUCAAGAGCUUGCGCAACAAGAUCAAGACGGCCUUCUUCGAGACGCACAUGAUGGUCCAGAAUCCGGAGCAGUGGAUAGAGCCCAUGGCCGAUGCGGGCGUCAAUCUCUACACAUUCCACGUCGAGCCGGUGCAGGAUGUCGUCAGAGUCAGUCGCCAAGUGCAGGAGUCGGGGAUGAAGGUGGGCCUGGCUAUUAAGCCGGGCACCGAGGUACAAGAUCUGGAGAAGUACUUGAGCAUCGCCGACGUUGUGCUGGUGAUGACCGUGGAGCCCGGUUUUGGUGGACAAUCCUUCAUGGCCGACAUGAUGCCGAAGGUGAAGUGGCUGCGCGAGAACUACCCCAACCUGGACAUCGAGGUGGACGGAGGAGUGGGACCCAAGACCAUACACUGCUGUGCCGAGGCCGGAGCCAACAUGAUCGUCUCGGGAACCGCCGUGGUGGGCGCCUCCGAUCAGUCGCAGGUCAUCAAGGAGUUGCGCGAUGUGGUGCACAGCUACCUCAAAUAGAGAUGCAUUUAGCAGCUUAAGGAUCGCUAGCUUAAGGAAGAAUUUAUUAGAUAGGCGAAAUGUUUUGACCAAAUUGCAAUUGCAAGUAAUUGAGAAAAUCCUCGGGAAAUAUACCAUUAAAA